UUUUAAAGUUCUAAUGAAAAACAUAUAUAAAAAGCACUAAAACGGAACUAGACACAUAAAAAUUCUUAUAAAAUUUAAAAAUUAAGCAUAAUAUUCAACAUGAAUUUGCUGACCAUGCUCUUUCCCUUAUUGUGUAUAACCGCCUUGAGCCUGCUGUACGCCAAUGCUAAUCCCGCAUUUGAGGGUUAUCGUUAUGAGAAACCCAGCAUACCAUUUGAAUAUCCAACCGUUACAAAGAAGCUGCCAAAAAAUGCUGACAUUAAGCCAACAACAACAGCAAUAACGUCAACAACGAAAGUGGCAAAUGAAAAACUAAAUACAAAAUCAAAACCAAAUAGUGCAACAGCAACAAAAACCACUACAAUAGCAGCAACAGCUUUAAAACACCAGCAGCAACAAAAGCAAGAAAAAUCUCAUGCAACAGAGAAAAUUAAAAAAUCCACAGUGAUAAACCCCACAGCAACAAAUUUGAAUAUAAAAUCAAAUAAAAAUCCCGAGACACCAACAAUAAUAACAGCAGAAUCGGCUGCAACAACUGUAACUGUGGUGAAAAGAAAAACGGAUAAAUUAAGUUUAAAUCAAUUACCAGCCAACAGCACGACUAGCAUUCAUAGGGCAACAACUGGUUGUACAGUGUAUAAGGCAGAGGAAGAAAAACAUUUUAAAAAUAAAUUAGAGAAACAGGUCAUAAAGAAAACCGAUCCUAAAAUAUUGGCUGCUCAAGAAGCAGCUUUAGAGAAUUUACUAAAUCGUGAUAAUGGUUAUAUUUAUCGUUUACCAAGCAAGCAAGUUAAGAGUUUAGAUGAGAAUUUGCCUCACACCGUACAUGAAGAGAAUCAUGCCAUUAAACGUUUGAAAUUGAGGAAUGAUAUCUAUGAGGUAGAUCACUCUUUAGGUGCUACAACUAGUGUGAAAUAUUGCUGUGACCAAAGUUUUGAUAUUGUGAGAGAAAAAUACCAGCAGUUGGCUAAAAAUCGCCCUUUGGAAAGACGUUUGACACCGUAUACGGAAAAGUUGGCUGAAAAGGAAUACUUUGAAUGAUGUACUGUAAACUUAAAAGGGCCUGAAAUUAAAUUUCUUCUAGUUAUGAUAUUUAAAAAAAAA